UGACCAACAAACAACACAUUGAAACAGACGAAUCUUCUUUCAGAAAAGAAAUAGUAAUAUAUAUAUAUAUAUAAUUAUAAUAUAACAACAGUCAAGAGAGAUAGUAUGAGGAGGAUCCAGGUGAUGUAGAACUGCAAAAUAGUUUAAAAUCGUGCAAAAGAAGACAGAAAGACACAAGAAAUACAUCUUGAAACACGUGAAGUUGGAACAAGAUUAAAGGGUAAAGGGAAUAUUGACGAGAAAAUAUUUGGAAAUUCUAGCAGAGAAGGAAGCGGAAAGGUUAUUGCAGGCACUUUCCAUUUGUUAAAUAGACACGAAGAGGUAAAAACAAAGAAGUAUGGCUCGGCCCGAGGCACAUCGCCAAUUUUAUGAUUUUACAAAUUCUUCUAAUAAUACCACAGCAGUUGAGGGAACCAGUAAUCCCAAAAAAUUUAUUGAAUAUGUAUCUGAAAAUAUUAUCGGCAACAAUACGGCUUUCACUGCACCAUUUGGCCCUCGGAAAGUCAUCUAUUGCGAUUACAUAGCUUCAGGAAGAUCACUCAAAUUCAUUGAAGACUACAUUAGCAAUGAGGUCCUUCCCCAGUAUGGGUCCACACAUACCACUUCCACUGUUACGGCUCUUCAAACGACUCUCUUUAGACAUGAAGCUCGGGACAUUAUCCGCAAUGCAACACAAGCUUCAGAACAUGACAGAGUGCUGUUUGUUGGCAGUGGUGCAACAGGUGCUAUGCAGAAGUUGAUUCACAGCCUUAAGUUAACUGAACCUCCAGUUGUCUUCGUGGAUCCAUAUGCACACCAUUCCACAUUACUUCCUUGGAGGGAAAUUGGCGCAAAGGUAGUACGCAUCCGUGAAACAGCUGUUGGCAAUGUAGAUUUAAUACAUUUAGAAGAAAUGUUAAAGCAACACCAGAGUGUGCAGUGCAGGCUCAUUGGAUGCUUUACGGCUGCCAGCAACAUUACAGGAGCCGUUGUGGAUGAUGUUGAGAUAACAAUGCUACUGCACAAGUAUGGGGCUCUGGCAUUCUGGGAUUAUGCAACAGCGGCUCCGUACGUGGAUGUGAAAAUGAAUCCCGUGGUUGGGGGAGACGCCCGAGGUCUGGCACACAAAGAUGCUCUUUAUUUCUCGAUGCACAAGUUCCUUGGUGGCGUGCAGACUCCAGGUAUUUUAAUCGCCAAAAAGAAUAUUUUCCAAAAUUCCGUCCCAGAAGUGUGCGGAGGAGGAUCUGUUUUCUUUGUGUCCAGGGAUUCUCAUCGUUAUUUGCAGGAUGUAGAGACAAGGGAAGAAGGAGGCACCCCAGCUAUUGUGGAAGCCAUAAGGGCCGGUUUAGUCAUGCAGCUCAAAAAGACCAUCACGGCUGAAUUUAUCUGCAGUCGCAACGGAGAACUGGCAAAAAAAUUAUCAACCUUUGUGCAAGAUAUUCCUGAAUUAAUACCUUUAGGAUACACUGACGCCACAGGGAAACUGCCAGUCCUAUCCUUUGUAGUGCGACAUCCGAAGUCUGGCCUCCUGCUGCACCAUAACUUUAUCUGUGCAGUGUUGAACGACCUCUUUGGGGUACAGGCACGUGGGGGAUGUGCCUGUGCUGGACCCUAUGCUCAAGAUAUCUUAGGAAUAGAUGAAGGUCUAGCCCAGCGAUAUGAGAGACUGCUUGUUGAAGAUACUCGCUUGGAUCGGUCCCACCUCCGGCGUCACCAAGAGCAUAGUGACGUGGAAGUGCUGAGGCCAGGCUUUGCUAGACUUAAUCUUCCCUAUACUGCAUCAGAUGAACAGAUAAAUUUCAUUCUAAGCUCAGUGAGAGAGGUGUGUGUGAAUGGCUGGCAACUGCUUCCCCAAUACAACUUCAACCCAGAAACUGGUGAGUGGAAGCAUCACACGAACCUGGUGUUCAGGGAGCGUCAGUGGCUGCAGAAUGUUUCGUACUCCCAAGGCAUAUUUUCGUAUAAGAAGAAAGAAGUUGGAGAUGCCCCAGACUAUGCUGAAUGCCUGAAACUGUCCAAGGAUGUGUUUGAACAGGCAGUAAAGGCAUCCCAAAGAAGACAGAUUCCGGACGACACAAUCCUCUUCAGGGAAGAAGCAGCCCAUUUACGUUGGUUCUUGCUGCCUAGUGAAGCCAAGCAGUGUAUGGAAGAUUCAUCGGGAUCUUACGUGAACCCACAAAAGCUGCCUUUCACACCUCCUGUGUACCCGCUCGAUGAUAAAGUACUAGCCAAAAGACCAGACUUUACUUGGCAAACUGCAGACAAUGUUAGCCAACGAGUAACAAAUAUUUCAGUCAGAACUAAAGUUGAUCAUGCUGAAAGUCCUCAGAAGGUCAUGGAAGAGGGUGCAGAUAACCUGAUGCAUAAAGAAAGAAAGGAUCAAACGGGAGAAAAUUCUACCACUAGUGACUCAUCCCCAGACAAAAACAGUUCAAGAAAGAAAGCCGACAAGGUUGUGUGUGAAGAUCUGAAAUGUUUUGUCAAAAGAGAUGACACUGAUGCAUGUGAAGAAGUGAAAGAAAAGACCAAAUGGCAUAGUCCUCCAAAGAAUAUAUUUAAUCCUACUGUAGAGGUUCUGCAACAGUUCAACAUGGUUCAAGAUGGUGACCGUGUUUUAGUUUGUCUAUCUGGAGGAAAGGACUCACUCUCUCUCCUGCAUGUGUUAAAACAGUACCAAUAUUACGCCGGUGCGAGAGGAAUAAAGUUCGACCUUGGAGCAGUCACCGUUGAUCCAAUGAGUGCCUCUUAUGACCCUCGACCUCUCAUCCCGUAUCUAGCAAGCCUCGGAGUACCAUACUUCUUUGAACAGCAGGAUAUCCUCCAGCAAGCAGCACAACUGGAGAGCUUGAACUCAAUUUGCAGCUUCUGUUCAAGAAUGAAACGUGGGAGAAUAUAUGCCGCUGCAAGACGUGAAGGUUAUAACGUCUUAGCUUUUGGUCAACACCUGGAUGAUCUGGCAGAGAGUUUCAUCAUGUCUAUAUUCCAUAAUGGAAGACUAAGGACUAUGAAAGCCCAUUAUACUGUCAAGUAUGUUAAUCCUCUCUGAAAAAAGUGUGUUUAU